AUGAGGAAUUAUUAUGAAUCAGUCUCGGAACAUCGUAUCCAGGAUGGUUUUAUGAUCCAAGAGAUAGAGGAACCUGAACCAGUCCCCUGGUACCCCAAGCAAAAUGAAGAUGAUGCUGAUGAUGAUGAUGAUGAUCCCGAUGAUGAUCAGGAUGACCCCAACAAUGACAACAACGAUGAUGCCAACAAUGAGGAUCAACAUCAAAAUGACGGCAAUCAGAACGAAGAUGAAAAUCUCUCUUAUCACCCAGAUGACUAUAACUCUGAUGGUUAUUGCCAAGCUGGGACAAGAGAACAGGAAAAUCAUUCUAUGGCCCCUUAUGCUGCUACUCAGAAUGGGAAUCUCCCAAAUGGCCAUCAUGCUCCUGCCCAUCCUUUGGUAUCUUUGACAGUGGACAUGGAGGCAUCGGAUGAUGAAAGUUUUCAUUCUUGGCUAUCAAGUUUGCUCUCUGCAUCUGCUCUCUCUGAAUAUCAAAGAUCUGUUUCUUCUGCUGAUAUUCGAAGGUCCUUUUAUCAAUUUUCUGAUUUAUCAAAUGAUGAUUACUCUUUUAGUGAAGAUGAUAAUGUUAAUGUUGAUGUUGAUGGUGUUAAUGUUGAUGGUGAUUCUACACGUAAAUGUUCUGAGUCACCCAAUUCUGUGCUUGGGACUCAAUGUUUUGAUGAUGAUGUAAUAGAUAGUGAGGAGUCUGAGGAUAGUGUAGCUACUUAUGUUCUCUCUGAGGAAUCCACUCAAGAGGUGGAAAGGGAUGAUUGGGAUGAUUUUCUCUUUGAAAGUGGAAGGGAAGGCUACUAUUCCCCCUCUGAUUCAGUAUCAUUUGGAAGGCGAAUAGGAAUACCUCCUAAGAAAAGGAAUGGUGAAUUCAAAUGCCAAGCUGCAAAGAAGACCUUCCCCAAAGCUGCUGUUACUCCACCCUCUUCAUCAUCAGAAGGUUCUUAUAGAUGCAAUGUCAGGACUGCAGUCUUAGAUACUGAUGUUCACUCAUUCUUCAACAUUAGACAGACUCUGCCAAGACGUCCCGAUGCCACAAAUCCUCCAAGGUCCCAAUCAACUUCAUCAACAAGUGGGAGGAGGAUGUACAUUGAUUCAGAUGAUGAUUCAGAAGAUGACAGUCAGUCUGCUUUAAGCAAGCGUGCCAACAAAUGUCAAUCAGAUCACCCUGAACCUGAAUCCUCCAGAGUCUCUAAGAAAGCCUGCAAAAAGGCCCAAGCUGGGGAACAUGUACCUACUGGACAGCCAGCAAUGGAGGCACCAGGCCUUAAUGAACAAGUUGUCCAGGAUAACACCUCUUCUUUGUUGUGUCUUGCGGUGGUUGAACCAAAUCAACCACCUCAGAGUGUACUCUCUUGGAAUUGUAGGGAUAUGAACAAUGCCUCUACAAUGCAUGUAAUAGCCUUCCAUGGUGAUUCUCCUAGUGAGGGGAAUGAACUAGUCCUUCAUUCUAGUUUUGGAAUGCCAAGUUUACUUUGCAGGCCAAUCAAGGAAGAAAGAAUGGAUCUUGACUACCUAUGUGAUAGGGAGUUGGUUCAAGAGAGCUAUGAUCAAGAUGAUGAGAAUGUCAUUAACUUUGGGGCUCAAACCAAAGGAGAUGAUGACCUCAUGGAAAUAAGUGCUCAAGAGUAUCAAGAGAGUUUGACUCUACGUGCUCCAUGA